ACAGUCAGACACAGAACUCCCCUCUUUGUAGAUUGUCUUUGGGCAAAAGAGAGAGAGAGAGAAAUCACUUGGCGCGGAAGGAUCCCACAUGCCUUUUUUUGGGAAGAAAUAGUCCCGCCUUGCUAAGUUGAGUGCGGAAAAGUGAGCAGGUCUGUGCAGAAGGCUAAAGUUAGUGCUGGGCUCUGGGGUGGCCUUAUUGUACUUGUGCAAACGGGAUCUCCCUGCCCCCUUCUCUGUGCUCCCCAUAAUAUGUCAGCCCCCCUCAACUGUGCCUUGUAGCCGGAGCAUAUUGCUACUGCACAGGGACUGCAAGAAUGAGGCUUGGAGAUUGGCAGCGGGUGCCCUGUGUGCUGGCUGCGCUGCUCUUAGUGCUGUGCUACUGGGCACACAAUGCAGAGUCUGCGGCUUGCCAAGGUUGUACAUCAGCAUCGAAAUGUGACUGCAGCGGUGUUAAAGGAGAAAAGGGUGAGAGAGGCCUUCCGGGGUUAGAAGGACACCUUGGUCUACCAGGAUUUCCAGGACCUGAAGGACCGCCUGGACCUCGUGGUCCCAAGGGUGAUGGUGGUAUUCCAGGACCCUUUGGACCCAAAGGAAUACGAGGACCUCCCGGACUUCCCGGAUUUCCAGGAAACCCUGGUCAGCCUGGCCUACCGGGACAAGAUGGUGCACCAGGGCCUUCAGGUAUCCCAGGAUGCAAUGGCACAAAGGGAGAACGUGGUUUCCCAGGAAGUUCAGGUUUAUCUGGUACACUAGGACCACCGGGUCCCCCAGGAUUUCCAGGUGCGAAAGGAGAUCCAGGUGAAUCUUUCCCCUUUGCAGAAGGACAAAAAGGUGAUCCAGGAUUACCAGGUCUUCCAGGUUUACCAGGUCCAACUGGUCCUGGCGGAAUUCAGGGUCCCGUGGGUCGUCCUGGUCCUGCUGGCUUACCGGGGACACCAGGAUCACCUGGACCUCCAGGACCCAAGGGUAACAUGGGGCUGAAUUUCCAGGGAUCAAAGGGUGAAAAGGGUGAACCCGGUAUUCAGGGACUGCCAGGACCACCGGGACAACUAGAGCAAGUUGAACCUCCACAAACUACAAUUCAGAAGGGAGAAAAGGGUAUCCCUGGUGACCAAGGAUUCCCAGGAGAGCGUGGGCCAAUGGGUCCUCCAGGUCCUCCCGGAGGUGCAAAGGGAGGGAAGGGAGAAUCAGGGGAACCAGGAAAGAUUGGGAAGCCUGGAAAAGAUGGGAAGAUUGGACCGCCUGGUGGGGAGGGUUUCAGAGGCGACCCAGGCUUGCCAGGAAGUCUGGGCAGAAAUGGGGAGCAGGGUCAGAAAGGUGACCGUGGGUUACCUGGGCCACCAGGAGAGGUAAUUUCAAGACCAGGAAUAGGUAGAGUUGGACCAAAAGGAAACACAGGACCCCCUGGAAUAACUGGGUCAAAAGGAGACCGUGGGUUCCCUGGAUUACAAGGUCCCCCGGGUUUCCCUGGAACACCAGGUACUUCGAGUGUAGGCCCCCCAGGAAGUCCAGGCCUUCCUGGAGAAAGAGGACAGAAAGGUGAUGAUGGUCCACCAGGAAUUUCCAUUCCAGGGCUUCCAGGUUCCGAAGGUCUUACAGGAUCCCCUGGUCCUCCAGGUUUACCCGGUCGACCUGGACCACCUUCAAUUCCUUCUGCGGGUAUAUGCCAGCCAGGACAACCCGGUCCUCCAGGACGUCCAGGAGAUUCAGGAUAUGCAGGAGAAAGAGGACAAAAAGGUGACAAAGGAGACACAUGUUUUAACUGCAUAGGAAAUGGUAUUUUAGGUCAAAAAGGUGAUCCUGGUUUGCCCGGCCUCACUGGAAGUCCAGGCUUACCUGGAACUUCAGGGCAAAAGGGGGAUGAGGGCAUUCCAGGAUUAAACGGGCUUCCAGGACCUCCGGGUUUCCCGGGCAGUUCUGGUCCCUCUGGACGACCUGGUCCCAAAGGAGAACCCGGAGAAGUAAUUGGAGGUAUCGGAAUUAAAGGAGAAAAGGGAGACCCUGGAUUCCCAGGUCCAGCUGGAUCUCCUGGUUUGGAUGGCCCAAAUGGAAGAGAUGGAACCACAGGGACACCUGGCCCUAAGGGAGAGCCAGGUGGCUUCGCAUUGAAAGGUGAUCGCGGUCUUCCUGGUGACCUUGGGCUCCCUGGACUUCCUGGAGAUCGAGGACCAAUGGGUCCUCCUGGUUUUGGUCCCAGUGGUCCACCUGGAGAGAAGGGAAUUCAAGGUGUUUCUGGUCGUCCAGGGGCCCCUGGCAUUCCUGGUCCUAAAGGAGCUCCUGGACAAACUGUAAUGGAAACAGGUGAUCCUGGACCUCCAGGUCUUCCAGGUAUCCCAGGGGAUGCCGGAUCUCCAGGUGAACCGGGUGUGCCUGGUCAGCCAGGAAUUCCAGGUGUUUCAGGUGCAAAGGGAGAACCAGGUGUUCCAGGCAUUGGACUUCCCGGGGCUGCAGGCGCAAAAGGAUUUCCUGGUAAUCCUGGGCCAUCCGGUGCCCCUGGUUUGGCAGGAAGACCUGGUUCAGAAGGGAUACCCGGACAGCCUGGCCUUCCAGGAUCAAAGGGUGAUCCUGGAUAUGGGUUACCUGGACCCCCGGGCUCCCAAGGCCCUGCUGGAUUGAAAGGAUCCCAAGGACCAAAAGGAGACUCUGGCUUCCCAGGAUCGCCAGGCCUUCCUGGACGAGGAGGAUUUGAUGGGCCUGUGGGACCAAAAGGUGACCCCGGGCAAAAUGGCUUACCAGGAACCCCUGGACUACCUGGUGUACCUGGCAGUGGGGGUCAAGGCCCUCCAGGACAACCAGGACUUCCAGGGCCAGCAGGUCCUCCAGGUCCCUCAGGAAGCCCAGGUAUACAGGGUGAGAAAGGAGAUCAUGGUGCUCCAGGGUUUGACAUGCCAGGCCCACCAGGAGAUCGUGGUAGUCCCGGAUUUCCAGGAGAACGAGGGUUUACAGGUCCACCAGGGCCACCUGGAGGCCAAGGUCGUGAUGGAUUACCAGGCUUCUCAGGUGCUAAAGGUGAAAUGGGUGUUAUGGGACCACCAGGAUCUGUUGGACCAGCUGGUAACCCUGGAAACCCUGGUUUAUCUGGGCCUAAAGGAAAUGAUGGAAAUCCUGGUCAACCCGGCCUGCCUGGCCUACCAGGGAGGGAAGGUGAAAAGGGAGACAGAGGACCAGCAGGACCUCCUGGAAUAAUAGAUUCUGCAAACCUACAGCUUAAAGGAAUUAAAGGGGAACCUGGAUUUCCAGGUGUACCAGGAUUAAGUGGGGCAAAAGGUGCUGCUGGACUUCCUGGUAACUUGGGACCCCCAGGGCAGAGUGGAAUACCAGGAUCUCCAGGACUUCCAGGGCCCAAGGGAGAUUCUGGUUUUCCUGGUCAGCCUGGUAUUGGAGGUGCUCCUGGAUCGAAAGGCAGCAUGGGAGAGAUGGGACUUCCUGGGCCACCUGGUGCUAAAGGUUCUUUUGGACAACCAGGACGGCCUGGUUCAGCAGGGUCUCCUGGGUUUUCUGGACUGAAAGGUGAAAAGGGUGAACCAGGAAUUUCAGGAGCUGGCAUCCCAGGCUCACCUGGGACAAAGGGUGAACCAGGGCAAAAUGGCUAUCCAGGCAGCCCUGGUGCUAAAGGUAACCCAGGAAACCCAGGACUGCCCGGCCUACCAGGGACUACAGGACCUAAAGGAGAUCCAGGUCUUCCAGGAUUCCCAGGCGGCCCAGGAUCUCCAGGACCUAAAGGAGCUGAUGGGCCCACAGGAAACUCUGGUUCACCUGGACCUCCAGGAAUACGUGGUGAAUCAGGUCGUCCCGGACCUCAAGGAUCUUCUGGUGAGAAGGGCCAACCAGGUCAGGAUGGAAUUCCUGGGCCUUCUGGUUUGAAGGGAGAACCAGGUUUGCCAGGUUUUGGAUCCCCAGGGUUGCCUGGCCUCCCAGGAAGUUCAGGUCCAAAGGGUGAUGCAGGAUUUCCUGGAACCCCUGGAAAUUCCGGACUUCCAGGGUUCAAAGGCGAUCAAGGCUUUCCGGGAUCUCCUGGGCCACAAGGACCUCCAGGACAACCUGGCCUACCAGGGCCACGGACAGAAGGACCCAAGGGAGAUUCUGGGCCUGUAGGUCCCCCUGGAAGACCAGGCCCUCAAGGUUAUCCAGGUCCUCCUGGCCUAGAAGGUGCCCGUGGUCCCUCUGGUGAUGGAGGUUUUAAAGGAGAAAAAGGAAACCCUGGACUUGCAGGUCAGCCUGGAUAUCCAGGAUCUAAAGGAGAACCAGGAGCACUUGGUUUCCCAGGUGACCCAGGACGACCAGGUCUUAAUGGAAUGAAGGGUGAUCAAGGUGUUCCUGGUGUUCCAGGAUUGCCAGGUAUGAAAGGACCAGGUGGCCCUCCCGGAUUGGCUGGCUUUCAAGGUGACGCAGGUCUCCCAGGUGCUAUAGGUUUGCCAGGUCCUCCCGGGCCUAAAGGAGAAUACCGUGAGAUCAAAGGAGCUUCAGGUCUGCCAGGUCCCCCUGGUCGCCCAGGAUUAAAUGGACCUCCAGGACCCCCUGGACCACCCGGACUUACAGGUCCUUUGGGUAUUCCUGGAGAUCCUGGCAGAGAUGGACUCCCUGGCUUUGAGGGACAAAAUGGACGAAAGGGUGACCGAGGCCAAGCAGGCCAACCAGGAUCUCGAGGUUUUAAUGGUCCACCUGGUCCAGACGGUUUACAAGGUCCUCCCGGCCCCCCUGGGCAAGGAUCUGUUGCUCAUGGAUUCCUCAUAACCCGGCACAGUCAAUCAACAGAUGUCCCAGGCUGUCCACUUGGAACCAACAUAAUCUAUGAUGGCUAUUCCCUGCUUUAUGUGCAAGGAAAUGAGAGGGCACAUGGACAAGAUUUGGGUACCGCUGGCAGCUGCCUCCGUCGCUUCAGCACAAUGCCUUUCAUGUUCUGCAACAUUAAUAACGUGUGUAACUUUGCUUCAAGAAAUGAUUAUUCCUACUGGCUGUCCACGCCAGAGCCUAUGCCUAUGAGCAUGGAUCCUUUAAGAGGGAGGGAUAUUCAGCCAUUCAUUAGCAGGUGUGCUGUCUGUGAAGCUCCAGCCAUGGUGAUUGCAGUUCACAGCCAGACAAUACAAAUCCCACAGUGCCCACAAGGCUGGUCCUCUCUUUGGAUUGGAUACUCUUUCAUGAUGCAUACGAGUGCCGGUGCUGAAGGCUCAGGACAAGCUCUGGCAUCACCUGGCUCUUGCUUGGAAGAAUUCCGAUCCGCACCUUUCAUUGAAUGUCACGGCCGGGGAACCUGCAAUUACUAUGCCAAUUCUUACAGUUUUUGGUUGGCCACAGUGGAAAUGUCUGAAAUGUUUAGCAAACCUCAGUCGGAAACACUAAAAGCCGGCGAUUUAAGGACACGCGUCAGUCGCUGCCAAGUUUGUAUGAAGAGGACGUAACGCUGUGGGGAAGCAGCUCCCUGGGGAAACCUCCUAAGGUUUGAAUUGUCCUGUGACAAUGGUGCUACUGUGUAGAUAAAGAGUAAGAACCAGAUACUGUGUGAAACCAAUCCUAAAUGUACCUCACCAAAGUGCCAUUUUUGAACCUUGUCUGGUGCAUUUUGAUCCAGCGGACUGAGAAAAACGAUGAACCUUUUUGCAAGGAUCAGUCAAAUGAAGUGGUUUUUUUUUUGUUCCCAGUUCCCGAAUGGCGCUGUUUUCAUCCGCUGUGUAAGAAGCCGAGCACUGAGUAUGGUUACAAUAACAAGGCUGCAGUUUGGAAAAAUAAAAAUAUUAAAAAAAAGACCAACUAAAAAAAAAAAAAAUUAAAAAAAAUUAUUUUUCAUGGUGCUACUUACUAACCCAUCCGUACCCCGGGUUUAUUAUUAAAACAAAACAAAAAGCUAAGCUUAUUUUUCUCUGUAAGUAAUGAAAUGUGUAUAUUGUGUAUUUUUUUAGACUAUGAAUGAAAGCAUUUAGUAAAUGUCACUCAUCACAAACGUAUACAGGUCAAUAUCAUAUACGCUGCAGUAUUUUCUAUAUGUAUUAACUCCAUUCACAUCAGCCAAUGCCUUUGUUUUUUUUAUAUAUAUAUAUAUAUAUAUUCUGACUCCACUAUAGCCAAAUUGGAAUUUAUUUCAUCCUUGUAUAAUAUGUUUAUAUGUUACAAUCGUCAGCAGAAUUGGAUUUUUAUUCUGUGUUUGAUUUUUGUACUCGCCUUACCAGCCAUACGUUUUUAGGCCCGAGAAAGAUUCGUGAAUUUAGGAAAUGAUUCUACAGUAGCCAAUCGCCGGCAUUGUCGUGCGUCGCACGUGCCUGGAAUAAAGAGAGACUUUUUCUAUUAGUAUUUGUGCAAAGUAGCUCCAUUUCUUACUACUAGGAACAUUUUUGCAUUCCAAAUAAUCCUGGUACAUCCUCCCAUAAUCCCAUUGUUUGUACAGCAAAAAAAAAUAAAUAAAAUUAGGUUUAAUAAAGAUUUAUUUAUCAUAUAAGAUACAAUUAUUUGUAAUGUAUUUCUUACACGAUAAGGAGGCGUUUUACCACUAGCCCGACACUACUACACAAUUACAAUGUAGAGUGCAACUAGAUGUCGAGGAACAAACACUACCUAUGCACCCCUCUGAUUUUCAGUUUCCCGUUAGUCUUAAAAUUCAAAUUUUUUCUUUUUUUUUUUUUUAAAAACCUGCUAUGUGUGUGAAUAUAUAAAUGUGGCUGGAAAUCCAGAUCAAAUGAAUUGGGCAAUCUGUGGUUUGAUUUUUUUAAAUUAAAUAGUGACAUAUGCUUCCUAUUUUAAGUAUUAUGUGCACAUUGUAUGUCGUUUUUUUUUCACCUGAAUGUUUAGCAAAAAAAAAAAAAUUUCAAUAACGAUGUCUGUUUUCUGUCGAAGAAUUGCAGAAAUAAAGAAUAAAAUCCAGACACCACGUAAACAAGGA